AUGGAGGCAGCUGCAGAUCUUCAGGACACAGCCUCACUAACUCUGAAGUUCAAAUUUAACCCAAAGCUGGGCAUUGACAAUCCUGUCCUCUCCCUGGCUGAAGACCAUGACUGCUCUGAUCCCUGGAACCUGAAGCGGCCUCGCUUCUGUCUGCUGAGCAAAGAGGAGGGCAGGAGUUUUGGUUUCCAUUUGCAGCAGCAGCUGGACAGGCCUGGGCAUGUGGUGUGCAGGGUGGAGCCAGGCUCCUCAGCCCAGCGCCAGGGUCUCCGGGAAGGAGACCUGAUCUUGGCAGUGAACAAUGAUGUCGUGGAACAUGAGGACUAUGUGGUGGUGGUGCGCCACAUCCGGGCCAGUGGUCCCCGGGUGCUUCUGACAGUCAUGGCGAGGCAUGUUCAUGAAGUGGCCCGAGUUCAGCAAGGGAACGAUGGCCACCUCUGUCCUGUCUUAGGCUCAGGGGUCCGGCCCCGGCUGUGCCACAUAGUAAAAGAUGAAGGUGGCUUUGGCUUCAGUGUCACCCAUGGAGCUCAAGGUCCUUUCUGGCUGAUGCUAAGUGCAGGAGGAGCAGCUGAGCGGGCAGGAGUGCCCCCUGGGGCUCGGCUGCUUGAAGUGAAUGGGGUCAGUGUGGAGAAGUUCACUCACAACCAACUCAGCAGGAAGCUUUGGCAGAGUGGAGAGCAGGUGACUCUGCUGGUGGCAGGGCCAGAAGUGGAGGAACAGUGUCGCCAGCUGGGAAUGCCCCUAGCUGCACCCUUGGCAGAGGGCUGGGCACUGCCUGCCAAGCCCCGCUGUCUGCACCUAGAGAAAGGGCCCCAAGGCUUCGGGUUCCUGCUGCGGGAGGAGAAGGACCUCGAGGGUCGCCUUGGACAGUUCAUGUGGGAGGUGGACCCUGGACUACCAGCUGAGAAGGCCGGGAUGCAGGCUGGGGACCGGUUGGUGGCCGUGGCUGGGGAGAGUGUGGAGGGGCUGGGCCAUGAGGAGACAGUGUCCAGGAUCCGGGCGCAGGGCUCUUGUGUUUCCCUCAUUGUCGUCGACCGUGAAGCUGACCGCUUCUUCAGCAUGGUUCGCCUGUCCCCACUCCUCUUCUUAGAGGGCACAGAGGCUGCUGCCUCCCCCCAAGACACCAGCUUGGCUUUUCUGGUUGAGACCAAGGACCUACCAGUUGAAGAUAUAGCCAUAUCUCCUGGCCCUGUUGACUCCUGCAAGUGCUUGCUGUACCCCGGGCCUGGUGGUGGCUAUGGCUUCCGACUCAGCUAUGUGGCCAGUGGGCCUUGUCUCUUCAUCUCUCAGGUGACCCCAGGGGGUUCAGCUGCCCGGGCAGGACUGAAAACGGGAGAUGUGGUUCUGGAGGUGAACGGGUAUCCUGUGGGUGCAGACAGCCUGCAAAGGCUUCAGCAGCUGGCUGAGGCUGAGCCACCCCUCUGCCUGAAGCUGGCAGCCAGGUCUCAGCAGAGCUUGGAAGCCUGGAUGCCUCCAGGGAUUGGAAAGGACUGGACUCUGGCCUCAGAUCUGCUAUAGGACACUUCUGCUUGCCACAGUUCUGCCACGUGGUUCUCCUAACUUUACUCUACAGCCUGUGGUGAUGGGAGCAGAGAUGUUUUCUCUAAUCCAAAACUGGGAGCUGGAGAACUAGGACACCGUCAAUCAUAAGAAUGGCCAGGGACUCCUCCCUUCCCGUGGCCUACCUCCCAGCAAACGAUAUGGUCAGAGACCUUGGGAAGGCCCAUGAAGGAGCCUGGGACAGCAAAGGAUGCCAUGUGGAAGCUUUGGAGAGAUGCGUCCCAAGGAUGAAGUUCUGCCUGAGAAGGGGAUGCUGUGGGGCUAGACGUGGGGAUAGAUUGAAGCCAUCUGGAACUUGCCCUAGGUCUGACUCCAGUGUAAUACAGUACAAGAGUUUGGAGACCAGCUAUCCCCUCGGUGGAUGCCUUAGGACUGUGGGGACUGGUAUCUGGUUACUAAUGUAUUUUAUUAUAGAAAUGUACUUUCUAUGUAUCUGGCUACCUGUGUUUGUGUUGAUGGGGACAAAAGGAGGUGAUUUAACGGGACCAUAAGGGCCCCAAACUCAAGUGGUGAAACCCAGAUUCUGUAGGAGUGGGGUUGAGACUUCGUCAAAUUUCUCUUCUAGCUCUUAGUCUUCAGGGUGCAGAGAUGUUCCCAUGGGAUCCCCAUCCCAUUACUCCUCUCUGCCGAAGACCACAGCCUACUGCUCUAUUGGGUUCAACAUCAAAACACUUUAUUGCUGGGUCUCAGAGAGUAGAGGUUGGCAGCCUCAAAGAUCUAGAGGGUUGAGGCCAAAUUGGCGCAGCUGCUCCUCGUGCCUGGUGUGGAGUCUCAGCACGGCCCCAUCCCAGCGAGGCUUAACAGCUCUCAGUUUGGCCAAGAGCUGGUCCAGGCUGCCCUGCAGACAUCAAGCUUUCAGCUCCCAGGAAGAGAGGGUGGGGAUAAGGGUUGCCCCAGGUUGGUUUGUAAACUUUCCUUGCUUACAAGGAUUUCUUAAAAGUUCUUAUUUUGCACUGGUAGGCACAACAGCUGUAUCCACUCUGUCCGACUUCAGGCUGCAGCAGUGUUCCCUUGGGGACACUUCUCCUUUCCCCCAGGGUUGUCAAUCAUCACACUAGCUGUGGGGUGUGGGGAUGGAGGGGUGCUGGGUACUAGAGCAGCUGGGCUCUGGAGGGAAGUGCUUACAUGGAAGAUUUCCUCGUACUUGGCCUCCACAUCUGCCAAACGGGCCCUAAGCUGAGUCAGGGUCUGGUCCCGUUCUCUGAGGGCUUGCUCAGCCUCUUCCCUUGCAGCCUUAGCCUCCUUCUGGCACAUCUCUGGGGAGCAGGAGAGAAGGAUGAGGGGACAGAAUGGUGAUACUCCAUCCCUGAACAGUCUCUAAAGGUACUAAGGAGGUCACCUUGAGUGGGAUUAUUCCAGACUCCCAAAUUCAUCAACUUUCCUAUAGUCCCAGUAAAGAACUGAAGAUCCAGUGAGGUAUAACAGAGAGUAGAGGACUUGAAACAGGAGAUGGGUCCAAAGUCCGUUCACUACUUACUCUUUGUGUAAUAUAGGACAUGUCUCUUUCUGAGUCUCAGUUUCUUUUUUUCAGACCUCAUGUAUGUUGUGACCCUUAAAUGUGAAAUGGAAGGCAAAGUGCCUAGUAUACAGAAGGUGCUCUAUAAAUGUUGGUGAAUUUGAAAUUGAAAUAA